UGCUUCUCUCAGUCUUCUAGUCUAAACAAGCACAUGCGAGUCCACUCUGGAGACAGACCAUACCAGUGUGUGUAUUGUACAAAGAAGUUCACCGCGUCCAGCAUCCUCCGCACACACAUCAGGCAGCACUCCGGGGAGAAGCCGUUCAAAUGCAAGUACUGUGGGAAAUCGUUUGCGUCCCAUGCUGCCCACGACAGCCACGUCAGGCGCUCACACAAGGAUGACGAGGGCUGCUCCUGCGGCGUCUGUGGGCAAACCUUCUCAGAUCCGGAAGCUUUCUACGCACACAUGAAGUGUCAUGGAGACUGCUAGCCCUCGGCCAGGGACUCGGAUGACCUCUCUUGUUCUGGAUGUGUCAUGUGAGCACAUGCUAGGACCACGGAAUGAGAGGGAAAGACGAAGCCACCACUUCACUGAACUUAUCAGUGUACUGACGUGGCUUCAACAAAAAUAAAAUUGUGAUGGACUUCUCCUAGAAACCGAAAACUUGAGCAUCUGGAAACCAGCAUGUACCCUGAGUGACUGUGGACAUCCCUGAAGUUCACUUCCUAGAUUUUGUGAGGAUUAAAAAAAGGCAUUUUUCUACUGCCUUGGGCUCCCAUGGUACUGC